GAAUCAAUACGUGCAACUUAUGCAUCUCUUUAGUUCCUCCGCUUCUCUGUUGCUCACUCCCGUCUUUGAGCACUCCACCAUCUCCAGUUGUUUCUUCCUUGACUCGUCGCUGUUAGAUUGCAAUGACUACAGCGAUGGCGUCCUCGGCUGCACUGACAGCUCUUGCGAGCGGCCAAGAAGUUCUUCGGAGUGGCGUUACGCAGAAGUUCUCUGGCCUUAGGGUUGCCGCUUUCCCUCUGAAGAAGGACAACGUCGCUCUUUACGUUAAGGGCAAGUCAACGUCAGUCAUGUCGGUUGCCACUGAUGUAUCUCGAUUCGAGUCAGUAACCAUGGCUCCUGCGGACCCCAUCCUGGGAGUUUCAGAGGCUUUCAAGAAGGACAACAGCGAGAAGAAGCUGAACUUGGGAGUAGGUGCUUACCGAACUGAGGAUCUCCAGCCCUAUGUAUUGGAGGUCGUUAAGAAGGCUGAGAAGAAAAUGCUGGAAGGUGGCGACAACAAAGAGUACCUUCCCAUUGAGGGACUUGCUGCUUUCAACAAGGCUACUGCAGAGUUGCUAUUGGGAGCCGACAACGCCGCCAUUAAAGAGAACCGGGUUGCCACCGUCCAAGGCCUUUCUGGUACGGGUUCUCUUCGCUUGGGUGCUGCUUUCAUUCAACGUUACUUCCCUGGCAUCACCGUUUACAUCUCUUCUCCAACUUGGGGAAACCACAAGAACAUAUUUAAUGAUGCUGGUGUCCCAUGGAAAGAAUACCGCUACUUUGACCCCAAAACUGUCGGCUUAGACUUCGAUGGCAUGAUGGAAGACAUUGAGAACGCACCUGAGGGUUCAAUUAUAUUGUUGCACGGGUGUGCACACAACCCAACUGGCAUUGACCCAACACCAGACCAAUGGGAGAAGAUUGCUGAUCUUAUUCAGCAAAAGAACCAUAUGGCAUUCUUUGAUGUAGCUUACCAGGGUUUCGCCAGUGGGAGCCUGGAUGACGAUGCUAGUUCCGUGAGGAAGUUCGUUGCCCGUGGUAUGGAGGUUUUCGUGGCACAAUCCUACAGCAAGAAUCUCGGUCUCUAUGCCGAGCGUGUGGGUGCUAUCAAUGCGAUUGUAUCCUCUGCAGAUGUUGCUGCUAGGGUUAAGAGCCAGCUGAAGAGGAUUGCAAGACCAAUGUACUCAAACCCACCUGUUCACGGUGCCCGUAUUGUUGCCAACGUUGUUGGCGAGCCAACUAUGUUCGACGAGUGGAGAGCAGAGAUGCAGAUGAUGGCUGGCCGUAUCAAGACAGUGAGGCAGAGAUUGUACGAUGAACUUUCUACCAAGGACAAGAGUGGCAAAGAUUGGUCUUUCGUUCUCAAGCAAAUUGGAAUGUUUUCAUUUACUGGUCUAAACAAGGCACAGAGUGACAAUAUGACUGACAAAUGGCACGUGUACAUGACCAAGGAUGGUCGUAUUUCACUUGCUGGACUCAACUUGGCAAAGUGUGCUUACUUGGCCGAUGCUAUUAUUGACUCUUAUUACAACAUCCAGUAACUUCAUUAGCUGACUUACUUCCUUGGAGAGGACAUUCUCGAUCUUAUAAUAUGGUUCCUAAAUGAAGUCUUUCUUGCGUUCAAAAGUUGGGAAUUUAGUUUUCACAUUUUUUGCACCUAGAUUCUGUGUAGUGGAUAGAGAGAGAUUGACCCUGCCGAGUGUGUUGGUUUCCGCCCAGAUUGAGAAAAGGACUUGAGUGUCCAGUAGAAUUGAGCGGCAAUUUCGACAAAUUUGGCACUUAUUGCUCAGGAAGUGCUGAACCAGGAGAGUCCAGCUGGCUUGUUCUUUGAUUGGCUGCUGGAGUAGCCUUUUUAAUGGGUAUCAUGUAGUGACAUUUUGAUUGCUU